AUGAAUGUAGCCGACUUGUUGUGCGUAGACCGAAUUUUCGCAUCGUUCUUCAUCCUCGCGGGUGUCGGAUCAGUUGCGCCUGAUGCGGUCGUUGGCGCAGAGGCCGUGCUUGGAGAGAUGCUGGUGCUUGUGGCAGUGGACCUCUGGCUUGUCGUCGCCGGUCCUUCUGGCCAGCCUGGGGACAGCUCCAGGCUGGACGGCCCUGGCAAUGACGGGCUGCGCGUCUCGAACGACAGCCGUGUUUGCGUCUCUCAUGCCGAUGGGAGAGGCGACGACGGAGGUGGCGAGCCCGAGGGCAGCCAGGAUUAG